AUGCAAAAGCAACAGCUAGUUAUCAUAUUUCAGCAAUCUUUUCGUAGUACUUACAUACUUUCGUGUUAUUUCACUAACGGGGCACAAAACAGAUCUGGACUUGCUCGGUAUUUGCCUGAGGACAUUAAUCCUUUUGUGUGCACUCAUUUGAUUUAUGCAUUUGCUGUCAUAGAUGAAGACAAUGAAGUUGUUACUACCAUGAAGAAUGAUGUAGAUUUGUAUAAAACAUUUAACGGUCAUAAGAAAAGGAAUAAAAAUUUGAAGACACUUCUGGCUAUUGGAGGUUGGAAUUUUGGUUCAGUGAGUUUUACCAGAAUGGUGUCUACUGAAACAACUAGAAGAACGUUCAUCAAUUCUGUGGUUAACUUCCUGAGGCAUCACCACUUUGAUGGUUUAGAACUGGCCUGGCUGUACCCUGUUGUUCCAGGAAACCCACCAGAGAACAGAGAACUUUACUCAAGAUUGGUCGAAGAACUGAAAGCUGCCUUUACAAUUGAGGCAGAAGAAACAAGAAAACCUACAUUGCUGCUUUCAGCUGCAGUGGCUGCUGGUAAACAACGCAUUGAUGAUAGUUAUGAAGUACCUGUAAUUGCUAAAUAUCUGGAUUUUAUUAGUGUGAUGACAUUUGAUUUCAAUGGCCCAUGGAACUCCUUCACAGGACACAGCACUCCUUUGCAUCGCCGAAAAUCUGAAGAGGGUGAUUUCAUGUAUUUUAAUAUUGAAUUUGUUAUGAAAUAUUUAAAAGGAAAAGGUGUUCCAGGAGGAAAACUGCUAGUUGGAAUUGCAACUUAUGGGCGGAGCUUCAAUCUCUCCACUUCAAAUUCCGACGUUGGUGCUCCAAUAUCUGGUCCUGGACCAGCAUCUGAAUUCACAAACAUACCAGGCAUCGUGUCAAAUUUUGAGAUCUGUGACUUUCUGAAGGGUGCACAAUAUUUUUGGAUUGAAGAACAAGAGGUUCCAUAUGCAGUCAAGGAUAAUAUCUGGCUUGGAUAUGAUAAUCUGCAAAGCAUUUUUCAUAAAGUCCUAUGGUUAAAAGAGCAUAACUUGGGAGGAGUUUUUGUGUGGACACUUGAUUUUGAUGACUUGCAUGGACAUUGCAAAGAACAACUACCUCUAUUGAAAUAUUUACAAUUGCUGCUUUCAACAGCUUCAGGACAGGGCUCACUUGACAAAAUCCGCAUGCAACAGCAUCAAGCAAUGUCAUCUAAGAGGUUCCAAGAUAACAUCAAACCAAAUGUAACACUUCCCACACCUGUCGUUCACCUAAUAUGCAAUCAGGCUUCGUACUUAAAAGUAAUUUGUGUAGCUAUUGAUGAGAUUAACAACAAAAGCAUCCUCAUCAAAGAUGGACUGCCAGAAAUGGUACUCUUAAAAAGUUAA